AUGACCGCUUCCUGGAGACUGUUCUACAUCCGGGUUAUUGAAGAGGUCGCCUCGGCCGCCAUGUUGCUGAAUGAAAUUAGCUCCAAAACAUUGAAUAGCCGUUAGCAAUAUCGAUAUUUUAUUCUUCAACGGAACAAUAUCUGUUACUCCGUUUGAGUUAAUGUAAACAUGACUUAGGAUUUAUGAAAUCACUACAGAAGCUCCAUUCCCUAUUGUUGUGUUUAGACAUAGUUUAAGUGUCACGCAAUGCACCAUGGAAGUGGAUCACAGAACAUGCAACGACAGCUCCAGAGAUCUAAGUCUGUCAGUGGGUCUGAAGCAGAGGAGACGCAGCAGCAGCCCACCAUGGCAGUCACACAGCAGCAAGCUACAAUCAACCAUCCACCGUCUCCUGUGACCACAUUCUCCUCCUCCGCCAGCCCUUCAGCCCCUCAGUCACCCAAUUAUCAGAUAAUCAUGAGUCGUAGCCCGGUCACCGGCCAGAACAUGAACAUCACUUUACAAAAUGUGACCGGUAACCAACAGAUCACCCUGACCCCACUCCCUAUCCAGAACCCUGCAUCCCCUGGCUUUCAGCAUACUACACCUCAGUGGAGGUUUGAGCAUGCUCCAUCCUCUUACAUUCAGGUUACCUCACCUGUGCCCCAGCCCCUGCAGCCCCAGAGUCCCACCCAGCACAGCCCAGUCCCUGUGCAAGGUUUGACAAGGCCAGGAGCACCCACAGCAGCACUGGGUGUGUGUGGACAGAGUCCAACGCGAUUUGUUGAAGCUGGUAUGUUGGUGAGACAAAUCAGUUUAGGCAGUCCAUCUGGGAGUGGUCACUUUGUUUACCAGGAGGGGACAGGACUGGCCCAGAUUACUGCAACCACACCUGGCCAGGUACAGCUGACGUCUCCAGGGGCACCAGGCUCUGUGAGGGAACGCCGGCUAUCCCAACCUCACUCACAGACGGGAGGCACCAUCCACCACCUUGGACCUCAAAGUCCUGUGGCCACUGGCGCUUCUCUCCCCACUUUGAGCAGUCCCGGUCACAUUACCACCUCCAACCUACCUCCACAAAUCAGCAGUAUCAUUCAAGGACAGCUGGCACGCCCCAUGAUAUUUGAGAAAACAUCACAGGGUGUGGUUGCUGGAGUAGGAACCACGGCAGCUUUCAGUAUACCCUCCUCCAUUCCACCCUCUAGCCCAUCCCUCACUAGUCCAACCCUAGGCAUGCCCAACAACCCCCUUGGACCCACCAGCAUGACUGUGGGCACUGUGAAGAAGCAGGCUCCCAAGAAGUUAGAAGAAAUUGCCCCCUCUACUCCAGAAAUUGCUCAGCUGAGGAAACAGUGCCUGGAGCACCACACAAAGAAGAUGGACAGCCUGAAGGAGGUGUUCAAAGAAUACCUGAUUGAGCUUUUCUUUCUGCAGCACCUCCAAGGGAAUAUGAUGGACUACCUAGCAUUCAAAAAGAAGCCCUGUGUUCCUUUGUAUACUUACCUGAGACAGAAUGACUUGGACCUUGAAGAUGAAGAUGACGAAGAGGAACAGUCUGAAGUCAUUAAUGAUGAGGUAAAGGUUGUUACUGGAAAGGAUGGCCAAGCAGUGACACCAGUUGCCAUAGCAACACAGCUUCCUGCCAAUGUUUCAGCAGCUUUCUCUGUCCAGCAGCAGUUCCAGGGACACCAGGGGUCUGCUGCUGGCACAAUUACAAACCCGGGAGACUUGGAUGCCUUUAAGAGGCAGCAGGCUAUGGCGCAAGCAGGCGGGAUGCCGCCUACCCCUCAAGCGGUCCAGAUUGCUGGACAGAAACAGAACCAGCAACAAUAUGACCACUCUAAAGGACCUCCAGUGCAGAAUGCAGCCAGUCUACACACACCUCCUCCUCAGCUGCCAAGCAGGUUGCCCCAAGGUGCCCUCCCUAUGGCCAGCCUGUCAAUGACACUCUCCCAGCAGGCUCAGUUAGUGGAGUCGGCUCAGCCUUGUGGUCAGCUGGCUCAGGUGAAAGUGCAGGCAGGUGGGCCUAUCCUGGCUGCAGUGAACCCUCACGCACAGCUCCAGGCUCAGCUGCAACAGCAGAUGCAGCCAGGUCUUCAUCUCCAGCUGCAGCCCCAGCAACAACCCCAAGCCAUUCUCCAGCCUGGGCAGGCGACGGUGGCACUUGCUCGCCCUGGUACCGAGUCAAACCCGCCGGUUCAGAGGAUAAUAACCAACUCGUUAUCCAUGUCUCCUGCUCCCCUCUCUGCUCUUAAUCCUGUCCAAACCCCCCAUACUGCAAAUCCACUCCGCCCUCACGGUGCCAACAUCAACCCAAGCACCCCGUCCAAACUCACUGGGACAAAUGGCAUAUCCACAGUUAAAAUGGGUGGCUUUGGUCAAAGUGCAACCAUGAACUCUUCACAGGAGGGUUCUCAAGACAAGCAAGUAGAGCAGGCCAAACUGGAGAGUCAAGUGCAUCAGCGCAUCUCUGAGCUAAGGAAGGAGGGUCAGUGGUCAGCGAGCAGACUCCCUAAACUUAUGGAAGCCUCACGUCCAAAGUCUCACUGGGACUACCUCCUGGAGGAGAUGCAGUGGAUGGCUGCUGACUUUGCCCAGGAGAGGAGAUGGAAAGAGGCUGCCGCUAAGAAACUUGUUCGUACAUGUGCCCGUUACCACCAAGAGCAGAAGACAAGUGAAGAGAGGGCAAAGAGAGAAAGGGAUAUUCAUCUUCGUCAUAUUGCCAGCACUAUCGCCAGAGAGGUGGAAUUCUUCUGGUCAAACAUUGAGCAGGUUGUUGAAAUCAAAUUACAGUUUGACAUUUAUGAGAAGAGACUCAAAGCACUCAGCUUACAGAGAGCCUCAGCUAAAGCACCUGGUCAGUCACCAGCUGUGAAAGCUGAUAAAGAGGAGGCGGGGACUUCAUUUAAAAAGCGAAAAUUAAGUUCACCCUUGGUUGAGGAAGAUGCCCUAGAUGAAGAGAGCACUAUUGAGGAGCAGGAGGUCAUGGAGGGAAAUUCAGACCACAAAGCAGAGUUGGUUGACCUUGCCAAAGAUGCUGAGAUGCCCCUGGAUGCUUUGGUGAAGCAAUAUGCUGGCGCAUAUGCUGACAACUUUGAUUGGCCUCAGCCUAGUCCACAAAGUGAAGAAGAAAACAUGGAAGAGACUGAAGAAGUGGAGUGUCCUGCAAGCAGUCCUCCUGAGGCGGUGAUGAUUGACUCCCUACUCAGUGUGGAUCAGUACCGAGGUGCUGACAAAGCCUCCUCCUCUGAGUCUGAUGGGAAGACUGCGAGAGACAUAGCUGAAGUUGCUGCCACCACAGAGCUCAUCCUGCCCAAGGGGAGCUUCAGGACAACUUCCUCAACCCGCAGUCCAGCUCCUAUUCUACUGCAUGGGUCGCUGCGAGAGUAUCAGCAAAUCGGUGUUGACUGGCUGGUGAAUCUCCACAAGAAACACCUCAACGGCAUCCUAGCAGACGAGACGGGCCUCGGCAAGACUGUACAGACAGUCGCUUAUAUGGCCCACUUAGCAGGCCAAGAAGGCAUCUGGGGACCUCACCUUAUUGUAGUAAGGACGUGCAAGUUGCUAAAUUGGGAGGUUGAGUUUAAGCGCUGGUGUCCAGGCCUUAAGAUCCUUCUUUAUCUUGGCAACCGAAGGGAGCGGAGGUCAAAGAGAAUGUGGUGGGGAGAAGCCAACAGCUUCCAUGUGUGUGUAACGUCCUACAAACUGCUGAUGAAAGACCAGAGCCAUUUUCUGAGGAGAAGAUGGAGGCAUCUGAUCCUGGACGAGGUUCAGCUCAUCAAAAACAUGACUGAGAAACACUGGGAAACAGUCUUUGCUCUAAAAAGUGAGCAGAGGAUUCUCCUCAUCAACACUCCUCUGCAAAAUACCCUGAAGGAACUGUGGACCAUGAUCCACUUCCUUUUGCCAGGAAUCACCAGGUCCUACUCUGACUUCCCAGUAAAGGCAGGAACAGACCAGAACCAGGACUACUGCCACAAACUGGUCAUCCGCCUGCACAGGAUGAUCCAGCCCUUCAUCCUGAGGCGCUCCAAAAGGGACGUGGAGAAACAGCUGCCCAAGAAGUACGAGCACAUCCUGAAGUGUCGUCUCUCCAGCAGACAGAAAAGCCUUUAUGAGGACAUCCUCACUCAACCAAGAGCUCAGGAGGCAUUGAAGACGGGUCAUUUUGUCAGCGUACUUCAGGUUUUGAUGCAGCUGCAGCGAGUGUGUAACCACCCUGAGCUGGUGGCACCAAGAGAGAACAACAGCUCCUACUUCGGAUCCUCUCUACAAUACAAUGUGCCAUCGCUGGUGCUGGAAGCUCUGCAGAAGGACUCUAGCAAGAUUGCCAACAUGUCCAUAUUUGAUCUGAUCAACAACGAGAACAGGCUGACCCGCUACCAGACUGAAGAGGUGGUACCUAAACUAAAGAUCACUCAACAGCUCAUAGAGGAGAUCCACACUGGUCCCGAUCCACUGCCACGACCCAAGCCGUGCCCAAUAAAACCCAUGAGAUUAUUCCAGUCAGUUCAGUACGGGACGAAGCCAGAAGGCCGUUUGGCAGCCAUCACAAGUACAGCAAGCCAGCGUCCACCAACGAGCUCUCCUACUACUAACACCUCUGUUUCCACCACCACCAACCAGUCAGCCCAGACCAGGGUCAAGUCCCCUGUUACCACGGCAACUACCACAGCCACAUCUAAUGCAGUUGGAACAGCCUCUCAGAGAGCCCAGACUACCCCUCCUGUCAACAGCAGCAGCAACACUGCCGCCUCCUCUGGGAACGCUGGCAUUGGGAAGCAUGUGUUGGGGGCUCCGUCAGUGGCUGUGGGCCAGACCUUAACGGGCUCAGUUAUGGGGGCAUUAGCUCCCAUUGGCCAGCCUGGAUUAGCACAGGUCUCCAGGCCAGCUCUAGCCCCCAGCCAUGCCAUCCAGCCAAGCUUACUGUCCCAGAGGCUGGUUCUUACAUCCCAGGCCCAGGCACGGUUGCCUAGUGGAGACGUGGUGAAGAUUGCCCAGCUGGCCAACAUGGCAGGCACACAGAGUCGUAUCUCGCAGCCAGAGACUCCUGUCACUCUGCAGUUUCAGGGAAACAAGUUCACUUUGUCUCCCAGCCAGCUCCGUCAGCUCACCACUGGGCAGCCUUUGCAGCUCCAAGGUAACAUCCUGCAGAUUGUGUCGGCUCCCGGGCAGCAGAUCAUCAGGCCCCAGGGACCGAUGGUGAUGCAAGCAAUGCCACAAGCUGUUCCUGCUUCUAAUGCCUCAGCUACACCUGGCACACCUCAUCCCGCCCUUUCCACUGCCCAACAAGCACUGGGAGCGACUACAAAUGCCACAUCAGUGCCCACCAAACUCACUACUCCCACCAAAGCUGGUUCUCAGGAGUCUUCAGAGGAAAAGAAUCAGCAGCUAAAGGAGCGUUUGGGCCGCCUGUUCGCAGCGAACGAGCGACGCUGCAGCCGCAGAGUGUUGUACGGGUCAGACCUUCUGCAGGCAUGCACUCUGAGCACAGAGCCGAGUCAUUCCGCCCUGACUGCUGGAGGCUGGAGUUGGGUUGGUAGAGAGAGCUGCCUCAGGGCCCAAAGAACCUGCGUUGCUACCACUUCAACACUGCAGUCCUCUCUGCUCUCUGUGGAGGACCGCCUGGAGGCCGCCAACAGCCUUAUCAAGAGGCUGGUUUGUGUGGUGCCUACUGCUGUAGCCCCACUUCCUCAGCUGUAUGCAGCCAAUCCGCCGGUUCCCUACAGUCUGGACCAGAAGUCCUUUCAGCGUCGACUACAGGAGGCCUCUUCACCCCUCAGUGCUGAUAUCCACCACUUUACAUCCAAGAGUCUCAUCCAUUUCCCUGACCUGCAGCUGAUGCAGAUGGACUCAGGUAAACUGGAAGCUCUUGCCAUUCUGCUGCAGAAGCUGAGGUCAGAGAGCCACCGCGUCCUCAUCUUUACUCAGAUGGUGAAGAUGUUGGACAUCCUGGAGGCCUUCCUCGAUCACAGGCAGCUGACUUAUGUGCGGGUUGAUGAAAGCUUCACUGCUGAUGAACGACAGGAGAGUAUAAAGAGGUUUAACAGGAAUAAGAAAGUGUUCUGCAGCAUCCUCACAAACCGCUGCUGCUCUGCUGUCGGGACUGUGUUUGAUGCAGACACCAUCAUCUUCUACGACACAGACCUCAAUCCCAGCAUGGACGCCCGCACACAAGAGUGGUGUGACAAAAUCGGACGUUCUAAGGAUAUACACAUAUAUAGGUUGGAGAGCGGGAACUCAAUCGAAGAAAAGCUGCUGAAGAAUGGCACCAAGGACCUGAUCAGAGAAGUGGCUGCCCAGGGUACAGACUACACCCUGGCUUUCCUCACACAGCGGACUAUCCAGGAUCUGUUUGAGGUGGAGGCAGGCUCGGGGGAAAAGGUAGAGGAGUUUGUGGUUCUUCAUCAGGAGCCCUCGGCCUCAGAGGCCAUUUCGCCUAGAGUGGCGAGACCCUACAUUCAGGCUCUGCACAGCAUCAACCUGGAUGCUCCAGCAGAGGAGAAAGAGCAGCAGCAGGUGAAGGAGGAGUUAGAAAGCAAGGAGUCAAAAGAGGGGGAGCAGGAGUCAGAGAGCCAAUCCCCAGAGGAGCCUGCACACAUAGAGGAGCUGAAUGCUGUCAUGGAACAGCUCACACCAAUUGAAAGGUAUGCCCUGCAUUACCUGGAGUACCUCCAUAUCAGUGAUGAUGAAACUGCUCUUAAGGAGCAGCUGGAGUGCUCUAAGAAAGGCUGGGAGAUGAAGCAGCUUCAGAAACUGAAGGAGGAGGAGGAUGAGCGGCUGAUGAUGGAGGGAGACGAAGACCUGUUCACCUACACCAGAGAGGAUGCCUACAACAUGGAGUAUGUGUUUGAUGCAGAAGACGGUCACACAGAAAUCAUGCCGGUUUGGACCCCACCAACACCACCACAGGAUGACAAUGACAUUUACAUAGACUCUGUGAUGAUGCUGAUGUACGACACCACACCCAUGCCAGAAUCCAAAUUGCCUCCCAUCUACAUCCGCAAGGAGCACAAACGACUCAAGAUGGACCCCUCAGCAGCCAGGAAGAAGAAAAAGGGCCACGGGGAGACGGUCAUUCCUCCACGCUCUCUGUUCGAAAAGGCCAGCAUGCUCAAAGUUCGCCGCGAGGGCAAAGACCAGAAGAAGAACUUCUCCCUCAAGCAACAGGCACCCUUUGCAAAGCCCCUCCCCUCGCUGGUCAAACCUGCCAUGGAGGCCGGCCAAGACAACCCAGAGUGGCUCAUCAGUGAGGACUGGGCUCUGCUUCAGGCUGUGAAGCAGCUGCUGGAGUUACCUCUGAACCUGACGAUCGUGUCUCCUGCCCACACUCCAAACUGGGAUCUGGUGAGUGACGUGGUAAACUCCUGCAGUCGCAUCUACCGCUCUCCCAAACAGUGUCGCAACCGCUAUGAAAAUGUCAUCAUUCCCAGAGAGGAGGGCAAGUUGGUGUAUGAGGCAAACCCCAAGAAGAAAACCAAGAGUAUAUACAAGUCUAAGAACAACCGCCCUCUAAGAACGAGUCAGAUCUACACACAGGACGACAACGCUACUCACAUUCAGCUGUACAACAGCCGCUUUGAACUCAUGAAGAUCAUAGCCAGCAAGAGGAGUCCACCAAUCAAACCACUACUCGGAAUGAAUCCAUUCCAGAAGAAUCCCAAACAUGCGUCUGUCUUGGCAGAAAGUGGGAUCAGCUACGACAAGCCCCUACCUCCCAUUCAAGUGGCCUCUCAACGUGCUGAGAGGAUUGCCAAGGAGAAAAAGGCCCUUGCAGAGCAGCAAAAGGCUCAGCAGUUGGCACAGCAGCAAGCGGGAACUCCAGCUCAGGCUGCAACCGGCCAGGCUCAGACUCCCGCUGCUGUGGCUCAGGUCUCUCAGACUGCCGCAGUGGCUGGAGCCACUGCUGUACCAAAUGCAGCAGUUCUGGCUGGAGCCAUAAAAAACGCAACCGUGGGCACAACCAUCCAGGCUGCUACUGUAGGGGGGAAUGUGAUUGUGAACACAGUAGCUGGAGUUCCUCCAAGUCCCUUCCAGGCCAACAAACGCCUGGCAUCUCCAGUCAUACCAGGCACCCUGUCUCCUGCUGGUGCAGCUGGAGCCCAGGUGGUCCACGCACAGCAGAGGGCUGUCACGACUGCUGCUGCCCCAGCUGAGGUGGUCGCCAUAGCUACAGGUCAAGGUGUAAGAACUGUUACCCCGGUUACAGCAUCUGCAGUGGUCACUACUACUCUGAGUCCAGGGCAGUCACAGACCCGCCCCCUGGUCACUCAGGUCACACCAGCCGCAGGUAUGCAGCUGCCACAAGGAAAACCUCUUACCCCAGCACACCUGCAGAUGCUCCGACAGCAGCAGCUGCAGCAGCACCAACAACAGCAACAGCAGGCUGCCUCUCCACAGAUCAAAGCGGUGGGCAAAUCCCAGGAGCUGAUAAAGAUGCAAAAGCAUAAGUUGCAGCUGCAGCAGCAGCAGCAGGUGGCAGCAGCAGUGGCAGCAGCUCAGGGCCAACAGGCUGCAGGAGCUCAGCAGGCAGCUCAGGUCCAGUCUGCACAGGCCACACAAGCGAACCCUCAGCUGGCAACUGUGGCAGCACCCAGACCUGGAGCUGUGCUGACCGGCACCACUGUGGCUAGACUGACUCGAGUCCCCACUCAAGGCCAGAUUCAGGCCCAGGCAGGACAUACAGCCCAGGUGACCCUCACCAAGCCUCCUGUGGUCUCUGUGCCAGCUGUGGUCUCAUCAGCAGGAGUCACAACACUGCCUGUCACUGUAGCAGGCAUCAGUGUGGCUAUCGGGCAGGCCACGAAAACAGGUGGGCCUGUGCUGACGCAGUCAUUCCCACCAAUGCAGGUCCAGCAGCUGCUGCAGAUGAAGAAACAGCAGCAGGCAGUCCAGGCUGCAGCUCAGCAGAAAGCAGGGCAGCCGCAAGGACAGGCCACUGUGCAGCAGAAGAUUGGCACCCAGCAGGUGACAGUGCAGGCAGCCCAGCCGACCCAGCAGGGGCAGAAGGUGACCUACGCUGCCGGAAUCAAGACCCAGUUCUUCACCACAUCCAUCGCUCAGGCUCAGAAAACCACAGGGGCCCAACAAAUCCAGGUGGCUAAGCUCCCGCAAAUAGUGCAGCAGCAACCAACCGUGGCCAAUAUUCAACAGAUCGUGUCGUCUCCUCAGCAGAUCCAAGGCCAGCCUCAGACUGUCACUCUGACCCAGGCGACCACAUCCACUCCUGCUCAAGUGCAGAUGAUUCCCGCUGGGACUGCAACAGUCCAGGUGGUCCAGCAGAAGAUCAUCCAGCAGCAGGUGGUGACCGCAGCCACGUCUCCGCAGAUCCAGACUCCCCCUUCACACAGCCCCGCCCAGCAGUCCACAGCCACCUCUUCUGCAGAGACCCCGGCUCAGCAGCCCACUCAGGCCCAGCAGCCCACCAAGGGUCAAGCUCGGCAGAGUGGCAUCAGAGCCAAAACUACCGCCAAACCCAGUGGAGGGGGCAGCUAAUGAAACAGAACUGUCUGAUGUUUUCCUACAUUACAGACGUGACGGCACAGUGUUUUUGUGCUGAAGCGUUCCUAUGGAUUCUGUCAUAUUGUUAGCCACACCAGACCUUUACCUCACACACCCCAACCAUCUCGAAACUGAUUCUGUGUUCAACAGACACCAAUACAAUUUCAGUGCUUGUAUCUAAAGUAUCCUUCCAAAUCCAUCUCAGCACUCCCUGUAAAUGUUGCAGGAUCCAUAAUUAUACUUCAUGGAGUUAACAUUGUUGCUUCUCUUUAUUUGUUUUCUUGAAUGUGGAAUGUUUCUUUAAAUUACCAUUACUAAAAAGUUUCCCCCUUUACCUCAAACAGACACAGAAAUCCAUGCCCUUAAAGUGACGAUUACAAUAUAACUCACCUGAUUUGUGAGGCUGAGGCUCAUGGGUAAUCCUGUGUUGGGAAAACGCAGCUGUCUGUUAGAGUAAGUGUAUUCAUAAAUAGUCCCUUUUAUGUCUAUUCCCCUUGUUGUCUAUAGAUACUGAAUGGAGAAUAAUGCACGUUCCUUUAGUCAUUUGUUUUUUAUUGCAGCAAAUACACUGUAAACAUGUACUUUAGUAUUUUGUGUUUUCUCAUAAAUUGUCUUUUUUUAUUGAUGUCAAGGAAAAAAAACUGUAAAUAUCAAUGAAAAACAUUUGUACUUGUAAAGUAGUCGUGUUUUCAUUGGGUUUUUUCAGCCUAAUUGUAAUAAAGUGUUUUGUUUUUAUACACAAACU